AAUUUUUUUCUUUUUUUUUUUUUCGCUUCCUGCUGGCUGUGCUUGGGUUUCUCUUAUUACUUUUUUUUCUAUAUUUAUUUUUAUAAUGCCAUCUGACGAUAAACUGAAUCUUUUGCUGGAAGAAGGGACAUACGGUGAACACCCAAAUGAUCUCGAAGAUUCCGAUGACGAUUCUGACUAUAUCCCCGAUCCGCGUAGAAGCAGCGGAGGAGCACAGCGAUAACGACGAGGAUAGUGAACAUGACGCCGAUGAGGUGGAUGAAGUCGAUACUCCUCAAGACGAUGAUGCAGCACAUCUUUCCACUAAACGCAAAGCAGAUACAGAUACGAUCACUCUCAAACGGACAAAAAUUGAGAAUGAGGAAGACAAAGUCAACAAAAAGGCUAGGAUCGAUGCUAUCUGGAAAGAAAUGAACGCGAAACCGUCAAACAAGAAAGAACCGCUUACACCAACUGAUGAUAUCACCAAACACCCGUUGGAUGAUAUAUCUGCUUCCCUUAAUCAGGCACCUGCACCAACACAUGAAAAGACUUCAACACCGGAAAAGCCUCGUAAAUCAGCCAACACCAUUCGACGGCCCAAGUCAACAUUAUCGGAUUUGGUGUCACAGUAUAACAUCAAGGUGCCUAAAAUGAAUACUCUGGACAAGAGUCGACUGGAUUGGCAACACUAUGUGGAUCGGGAAGGCAUUCGCGACGAUUUGAAAUAUCGCAAUAAGGAUGGUUACAUGGAAAAAGUGGCAUUUCUUAAUCGGGUGGACGAUCGUCGUUUAACCCAUCUCAAAACCGGGCAGAGAUCUCUCAAAAAGUAACAAACUCAAAAAUAUCAUACACAUAUUCCGUUCCCCCAAAAAAU